CACCAGCGGUCACCUCUACAGCGAUCAUCGUGCUAACAACGAGAGAACCAAGAGUCUCAGUCAAUUGAAAGAUAAUAAUCACACCAAAGUUUGGAAAUACGCGUUCAGUACCAUGAAGCCUAGAAGCAUUCGUUGUAUGAAGUUCUUUCUGGCUCUGUUCAACAUCGUUUUCAUUUUAUUUGGCCUAGUCCUCAUGGCGAUCUGUGUUAUCAACAUGCGCGAGCGCAAGUCCAGGCCUGAGCAGCAGUCAGCUCUGUCCCGAGGAGUGCUGGCUUUCCUCAUUACCCUCGCUCUUGGCCUGGUAUUGACAGCUAUACUGGGUUGCAUCGGCGCUUUGAGGGAGCACGUCAAGAUUCUCUAUGUGCACGCCUGUUUCCUGAUAUUCCUGGUAUCCAUAGAAGUAGUGGUGGGUGUUGGUGGGGCGGUGCUCAGCGCCUGGGUCGGCGGUUCUAGUGAGCUCAGAGUGGAGUUCUACAGGAAUUCCACGGUUGACGAUGAGGGUCCGAACCAAACCGUGUACUGGGAUGAUUUGCAAUCUGAGAACCAAUGCUGUGGCGUAGACGGUCCUCAAGACUACGCCAUCCUGCAGCGCGAGAUCCCCGCGUCAUGCUGCGCACGCGCACACCCCCUGCGCGAGGGGGAUGCGCGACGCCACUUCCACUCCACCUGUCUUAACAACAAGUCCUACUACAUGAGGGGCUGCGAAGAGAUACUGAGGCAGAAGAAAGCACUCAAGGGGAACAUUUUCAUAUCGACUGGCGUACUUUUUACUUUGCUUGAGAUCAUCUGCAUCAUUCUAGCGCUGUGGAUGGCAAGGACCGUGAGGAACGAACGCCGGAAGUUGCAACAGAACUUGCAGGCGCACUUCGAAACCUAAGUUUUUUUUAAAUUUCUCCUGUCCCUAUAACGAUUUUUUUUUAAAUCUUGAUUUUUGGGAGUUUUUUCCAUUUGGAAAAUGCCACUCCGUAAGGCCAUAUUAUAUACUUAACAACUUAUUUGCGUAAGGCCUUCUUGUACAGCCGUAACAGUGCCCUAGCCUCAUCCGACAGAGGUUGGGAUAGGGCACCGUUACAGCCGCCGACCUGGCGAAGAAUGGGGAAUCUAUUGCAUAUCUUAUAACGACUAUAUUAAGUAAUAUAUAUUGACUACGGAUUACGAACGAGUUAAAAACUGACACAAACAUUAGCUAUGCCGUUUUCCUGUUACAAUUUUACAGGUAGUUAUACUAAAUAAUUAUGGGUACAACCCACGAUAGCUUCUAUUCUGGAAUUUUAAAAUAUACUUAUUAAGUAAUAAAUAUUAUUUUAUGAUGUAUGUAAUUGUUAACCUUAGAUUGAUGUUGGCGAAGUUUAUAAAUGGUAUUUUCAAUGUUUAAAUAUUCACCUAUUGUGUUCAUGUCACGGAAAAGUAUUCUUGAAAGAUUAAGAAUCUAUUUACUGUACUUACUCAUUAGAAUAAGACCUUUUUUUGUGUAUUUAGAACUUACUUGUAGGUAACCAAUAAUAUUUUGGGCCUAAUUCUUAAGCUACUUAUGAAUAAACUAUUAAAGUAAGAAAUUCUAUUCUUAUUAUCAGAACACAGCUUAAGCACAAAUGUGAAUAUCGGAUGAAAAUGAAGAGGAAUAAUGGAAUAAGUACCGGGCCGGCUUUUCAAUCGCCAAAUAAAGUUUAACUGACGAUUACAAAAACUGUCAAAAGGUC